AUGGGACACAUGAACAUGGACACAUCUAUGCCUGCAACUGUUGGUUAUCUGACGACCAUGCUCUUUAAUCCAAAUAACGUAAGUGCGGAAGGAGGUCCAUUGACAACCAUGAUCGAAAUUGAAGUUGGGAAACAAUUAUGCGAGAUGGUAGGAUACAAUAUUGAUCCUGAAAAUAAGGAUGACCCUAUCGGGUGGGGUCACACAACUUGUGGUGCUCGGAAUCUCAAGUUCUAUCCCCUGUCUCUUCGCAGAGCUUUAGAGCGCACAGAAUCCUUAAACUACAUCGCAGAUAGCUUUAAGGUGGAACUCUGCGAUGGAACGCAAAAGUUAUUAAAAGAUUGUACCAGUUGGGAAAUGCUUAACCUGAAAGCGAGCACAAUAUUGGAUCUUCCGGGACGGCUGUUCGAGGAAUAUAACGUGUCCGAACAAUACUUGGAAUCCAUCAUGGAAAAGCACAUCAUCCAAACGGUUGGAAAAGACGACCUAGAGAAGUAUUUUGGAAUUACCAAACCAAUUCUCUAUUUCAUAACCAUCACCAGGCAUUAUUCAUGGCCUAAAGCAGCCGCCAUCACUGGAAUCGGGUCGGAAAAUUUAAAAGGCGUCAAUGUGGACAACGCGGCUCGCAUGGACCCCACCUCCCUUGACAAACUUCUCCAACAAUGUCUCGAAAACGAACAAGCUAUCUAUGCGGUCGUAACAGUUAUUGGGUCUACUGAGCAUGGUGCUGUCGACCCCUUAUCUCAGGUGUUAAAACUACGGGAGAAAUAUGAAAAGCUUGGUCUUUCGUUCAUCAUUCAUGCCGAUGCUGCCUGGGGUGGCUAUUUUUCGACAAUGAUCCGUAAAACACCCGCGGAUCGAGACAUACUCUCUCCUGAUCCUAACGUGGAUUAUGUUCCCACCUUAGCAUUGCAGCCUUAUACUGAAAAUGAGUUAAAGCACCUAAAAUUCUGCGACACUAUCACCAUUGAUCCUCACAAGAGUGGAUACUGCCCGUAUCCGGCCGGCGGGUUAUUAUAUCGAGAUGACAGAAUGAGGAACACAAUAACCUGGAAAAGUCCCCUUGUGUAUCGAGAGGAUGAUUACGCGUGCAUUGGUCUAUAUGGUGUUGAGGGAAGUAAACCAGGAUCAUCACCUGUGGGCAUUUGGCUAUCCCACGAAAUCAUUGGACUCCAUUUGAAUGGAUAUGGUGCCUUGCUAGGCGAAGCAACAUUUACCUGCACGAAGAUGUAUACUCAUUGGGCCACCUUGUCAACCGGUGAUACCCCGUUCAUCGUUGUUCCAUUUAACGGACUUCCGGCUGAACGUGAAAAUUCGACCCCCGAAGAGAUUGCUAAACAAAAGGAAUUUAUACGCCAGAGAAUAGUCAACCGACCGAACUCGGAGCUUAUACAUGACGAAGAGGCGUUAGAGUUAAUCAAGAAACUUGGUUCCGACUUAGUUAUUAAUGCCUUUGCUUGUAAUUUUCGCAUCGACGGCAAGGUCAACGACGACAUUGUUGAAGCAAAUCAUCUCAAUCAGCGUAUUUCCGAGCGGUUGUCAAUCCGUAAAAUAACUGACGUGAUGAAUGAUAAACCAUUAAUAAUAACCUCCACAUUGUUAUCGCAGAGUACUUACGGAGAUUGUUUGAAGGACUUCAAGAGACGUCUCGGUCUUAAGGGAGAUCAAGACUUGUACAUACUUGUGAAUGUAAUAAUGUCACCUUUUCCCACAAUGGGAAACUUCAUCGGCGAGUUAGCGGAUGAAUUCAAGAAAGUCGUAGAGGAGGAGGCACAAGCCUCUAUCAAAUGUAACAAACCGAGUCCAGACCAUCAUGGUUUCGUCAUGCAAGGCACAGACAGUCUUUAUCUCGUCCACCUCCCAAUGUUCAACAUGGAAAACCACAAUCAUCAAUUGAUUCUUCAAGCUGAGUUACCUCCUGAAAUUAUGAAGAAAUACGUUGAGGCGAGACAACAAGAUCCGAACCUGAUAAUCCUUCUAGGAAACAUUGAAGAAACAACUCUUGGUGACAUGAUAUCCAAAAAAGAGUUCAAAGCAGAAAUCUAUAAAGGCCUACCGCAGGAGGGCUCUCCAUCCUGGCUGACUAACGUCCCGGUAAAAAAUGUUCGAGUCGUCAAGAAGCGUGGACUCCGAUCAAAAUACCUCGAUUCUCAUUACCCUAUGGGUCACAUGCCAUUUUAUCUUUACGGCACCGAAAAACAAUUCCAUAUCGACCAUCUCUUGGUAAAGUCACCAAGCAUCCACAUUAGCGCCGAUCAAGUGAAGCUUGAACUUGAAUCCGGAAUUCUGGAUAAAGCUCGCUGUGAAGCCGGAGUUCUUGCACGUAUCACUUCCCUUAAUGAAAUUGCCAUGCAACCUUUUCCCGAUGAUGAUACAUUAAAAAAAGGAUCCGUCUUUCAGCCUGGCGCAAAGUUCACAGUUGAACUUUAUGAUGAUCCGGUCAAAGAUCCGGAGGCGAAUGGUCCGGGAUUAAAUGAUAUUUCAAAAAUGUCUUCAUUUGCUAAAGGCACUAUUACUCUGGGUCCUAAUGUAUGGCUCGACACCGAUAUGCUAAACGAAGUUCAUUCGGCACAUCCAGUUAGCGCUGCACAAUGGAAGGAACGCUUUUCCGAUUUGCUGAGCGAUCAUGAACGGUUUUGGAGUUGUCCUUUGCAUUCAUAA